CAAACAAGCCCUUCGGCUGGAUUGAAGAUUACCAAACAGUGUCCUAGCGUCAGGCGUGUGCCAGUACAUGAUUCUCGAUAGACUUUUAACGGAUAUCUAGCACAUUCAAAAGGUAAGAUGAAAAAGAACCAUGGAAUUAACUUGUCUGCAUCUUCGUAACUCGCAAAUACACCAGUUUCUAGUCUCAAGAAACUGGCCGAUCAGUCUAUAACAUAUCGUAUUGGAAAUAUUGAUAAGAGACAGAGCACAUUUCUUAAACAUACGAUACAAAUGAUUUCCCUUAACUGUUUGCUUGAAAAAUUUAUGACCUUCUUAGGCAAGUUAACUUAGUCAAUAGAAUUUUAGCUGUGCUAUGACCUCGGAAACUUUUUGUUUAAUGCAGUGACUAUUAUUAAAUGAGAAGAGACCGUUUUCAAUUUCUAAGAGUAGAAAUGAAACACCUCCAAAUUAACCACUUUCUCAUCGUUUUCUUGUGUAGUGAUGGAAGCUUAUAUAGACGACCGAGCAAAGAAUCGGCGAAAACGACAGAUGUCAAAAGAAAAGCGCCUCCUUGCGAAUCGCCAUGAGAGAGAAAGGGUCCGAAAAAUGAACGACGCCUACGAAGAAUUACGAAGCACGAUUCCAAACUACGAAGAAACCCGCGUUAAAACGAAAUUAGAGCUGUUGCGGAUAGCCAUAAACUACAUCCAAACUCUAAAAGAGCACCUUCAAAACAUCAUUAAAAGCGGCUACAACUCUUCGAUGAAUCAACUGAUGUGCCAGCCGAGCCUUGGAAUGGAAUAUCAUGAUAACGGAACCUCUAAACCAGGGCAUCGGAUUUCAGAGUAUCCCUACCCACCCUUGUUUCCAGUCCCCCCUCUUCCACCGUCCCAACUCAACCUUGGUCACAUCGGUGGUCACCAAUCAAGCUCUAGCAGACCCCCGUUUUCUAGAUCGAUGAUGAGCCCAAUGGGAGAAAGUCCUGAAAACUCAACGCAUGAUUUCUGCAGUUUAUUUGCCGGUAGUUUCAACGAUUCGCAUUUUGAUGAGGGUUUCCUUUACCAUCUACAGGUAGUUACAACUAGUUUAGUGUCAUAA